UUGUGCAAGAUCAGCGGUUGUUCUGAAACGGUCUGGUCUUCCGAUGGUUCAGGAGUUACUUCCGAUGUUGUUUUUGAAGAUUGUGCUAGGUCAGCGGUUGCUCUGAAACGGUCUUGUCUUCUGAUGGUUCAGCGGGCUUUUCCGAUGUUGUUUCGGGAGAUUGUGCUAAAUCAGCGUCUGGGCUUCCGGUUGAGCAGGAACUGCCGAUGUCAAUUCUCCAGUUUUGGGAUGUUCACAGCGGAUUCCUGGGCUUGUGUUUCGUUAUUCAGGAUAGGGGGAGAAUUUGCUUGA